GCUUUUAUUUCAAGCAAAAACUUCUAUGACAUUUCAUAUAUUUUUAUAUAAAAAAAAUAUAUAUAUUUGAUAAACACAAUCAAUGUCAAAGCAAAAAUGCUUGUUACCGCGUUUAAUACUGAUUGCUUGUGGUUCGUUCAAUCCACCAACUUUGAUGCACUUGCGCAUGUUUGAGAUAGCAAAAAAUCACUUAAUGGAGCGUGGGGCCUUUCAGGUAAUCGGUGGCAUAAUGUCACCAGUACAUGAUGCGCAACGGAAGCAAGGAUUAGUGGCAGGCAAACACAGAUUGGCUAUGCUGAGAUUGGCGCUGCGCUCUUCUAAAUGGAUACAAGCCUCCGACUGGGAGUUGCAACAGCCGCAAUGGACACCAACGGUGGACGUGCUGAAAUACCACAAGCUCUGCAUAAGCAAUGUGAUGAAAGAUAAAGUGGAAGAUAAGAGAGAGAUGCUGCCGGCAGAAGUGACUGAGUACACAGGGGAGGUACAUUUGAGAUUUUUGGCGGGCGCCGAUUUGCUGGCGACAUUAGCCGAUCCGCAGUUGUGGACAAAUGAGGAGGUUGAAACUAUGUGCAGUUAUGGCUUGGUGGUAAUUUCCCGCCUUGGUUCGAAAUCAGAAAAGUUUAUUUUUGAAUCCGACAUGCUCUCGAAGCAUAGUCGUAAUAUUGAGUUGGUGACAAAUUGGUCGACAAACAAUUUGAGUUCUACUUUGGUGCGUCGUUUACUAAAACGUGGUCAGUCUGUGAAAUAUCUGAUUGACGAUGACGUCAUUGAAUAUAUAACUAAAUAUAAUUUAUACAACAGUUAAACUAGA